CUCCGCCCGGCUGAGUCACCGCCUGAGCUGGGGAGGAGGCGGAGAAAGGCGGCCCUAGCCCAGAUCGCAGCCUUCGGCCGCAGGGAGAGCAAACAGGGUUGUCGGAGAUCAUGGGGGAGAGCGCGCUGGAGUCGGGGCCUGUGCCCGGGGCGCCGGCCGGGGGUCCGGUGCACGCCGUCACCGUGGUGACCUUGCUGGAAAAGCUGGCCACCAUGCUGGAGGCGUUGCGGGAGCGUCAGGGUGGCCUGGCUGAGAGGCAGGGCGGCCUGGCGGGCUCGGUGCGCCGCAUCCAGAGCGGCCUGGGCGCGUUGAGUCGCAGCCACGACACCACCAGCAACACACUGGCGCAGCUGCUGGCCAAGGCGGAGCGCGUGGGCUCUCACGCGGAUGCAGCCCAGGAGCGGGCGCUGCGCCGUGCAGCUCAGGUGCAGCGGCUGGAGGCCAACCACGGGCUGCUGGUGGCGCGCGGGAAGCUGCACGUCCUGCUCUUCAAGGAGGAGACUGAAAUCCCAGCCCGCGCCUUCCAGAAAGCACCAGAGCUCUUGGGCCCCGAGGACCAGUCCGUGCUGGGCCCAGAGCAACCAGAGGAUCAAAUUGGAGAGAGUUCCGACGAGGAGCCGGUGGAGUCCCGGGCUCAGCGGCUGCGACGCACAGGCUUGCAGAAGGUACAAAGCCUAAGAAGGGCUCUUUCCAGUCGUAAAGGCCCUGAAGCUGCACAACCCACACCAGUCAAGCCCCCACGUCUGGGGCCUGUCCGGAGCUCGGAAGGCCCACCAGAUGGCCAGCCUGCAGCUCAGCCGGCUGCGCUAGAGUCCUCACUGGAGUCUGCCCUGGAGCCAGAACCUCCUCAGGCUACCAAGGAAGAUCCUGGGAGGCCUGUGCUUCAAAUAGAGAGUGCAGCCUGAUCACUGGAGCUGCCUGUCCCACUCGGUGCUUAUGCCUUGUCCCAAAAAUAAAUCCUUAAAGCGUGCAGCACUUACACCCAAAUAAGGAGAAAAUUCUGCAUCCACCGCCCAGUUGCGAUCCUCUCUUCCUGGCCUUUCAGCCUGGUACCCUGUGUCCUCUGAAAGAGGAGCCUUCAGCCUAAUGUAGGCUCACCAGCAAUAAAAGUAAUUUCAUCUAA